AUGGAAAUAUGUGAAAAAUUGGAGGAAGCAAAGUUUUUGAUUUAUUGCUUGAAUAUACGGAAAUGUCUUGAAGGUGGAAGAACAGCAGAAUCCCUGAUAAAUGAUUACGAGGUUCAGUAUGGUCAGCUCAAUCUAACCCAUAAGCUCAGGGUUGUCAGACGGGUCAAUAAAUUCAUUACGCUUCUCAUCUUAGACGUUUUCUUCUGCUUCUUUAUCAUAGGACCUGCAGUUAUUGCGUUCUGGAGGGGGACCUGGGAUUUCACAGUUUACCUGUUAGAUGAAGCGGAGGUGGACAGAUAUCUAUCCAACUUUAUAUCUUUAACUGUUGGGUUUACAGCAACUCUACUGAUAGAUUUGUUUCACAGUAAUCUAGGAGAUAUUCUUGGAAACCCCGGAGAUCUUAAACACACCCUAGCUACCAGGAUUUACAGUGUUCUUUGGGGGAUUACUGAUAUUAUGCUCUGGAAGGGUGUAUGGGACGGGUUGGAUCUGGUGGCCGGGAUCCAUUGGCAGGUUUCAUUAUCAUCUCUAUCAGUAGGGGUUAUCAUUCUUUCAGUGACAAGAACACUUAAAUCUGCUCUGUCUAUGCCGAUUGGUAUAUGUGUAGACGAACCAUCAGAACAUUUAAGUUCACAAACCUUCCUAGAGACGGAUAAAUCAGACCCAAUUUUCAGACGACUAUGUGAUGGGUUUGUGAGCAGACUUCUUGAGAUUUGUGUUGUAUUAACAUGGCAUGGAGCCUGGUCCUUUAUAGAUAUAGCUUCAGACGAGUUGGGUUGGAGCUCAGGUUUCUCCGGGUUGGUUUGUUUACUGGUCGGAUUCUUAGGAAUCAUUUUCAUCUUUCUCAUUCAGUUCAUACUCAUCAAUACUGCAUCAUCCAAUAACAAGAUGGCGGAUUCCAGCCCCUCUGUGUGCUGGCAUAUAUUCAACUAUAUUUUCACAUUAGUCGGUAUAUUUAUCACAAUAGCAAGUUUCCGUGGUGUUUGGUAUACCCUGGAUAAUUACUAUGUAACAGAUAAUAAAUAUGCAAGCUAUAUGUCUGCUACAGUUAUAGGUUAUCUUAUACUCCUGGCCUUCGGCUGCAGUUCAUGCCUUCAUGCCGGCAUAUACAAGGAUGAUCCAAGUUUAGGUGUUUCGGUGACAUUCUAUUAUUUCUCCCACAAGUACGUUGUAAGUCUAGGACGGACGAGUUCAAAGACGGGUUUGAACGGAGUUUCCGAGAUUAAAGACCUGCUCAAUAUGGACCCUGAGAACCUGGAAACUAAACCUAGACUUGAGACUGGAGGUACAGGGAUCUCUUCUCAGUCAUAGUAGAAAAUGAUCUAGAUCUAUGCAUUUGUUCUCUUAUAAAUUACAGAAUAAAUUUUCUUAUACAAUA